ACAGGACGCAAAUACAGAGUUCUCUCCUCAGCGCGGUGGAGUCUAUGUUCGCAACAGUGACAAUAGUUUUUUUUUCUUCUUAAAUAAACAAUUCGACCUCGUUACCGUUACCUGCAAGGAAAGAGGGUAACUUCAAUCGUUAGUAGUACCACGCGGGAAACUUUAGCGCUGUAAUAACCAUGAGGACGUACUACGUGAUAGCCGCCAUUCUGAUCGCCGGCGCAACUGCUCAAGAAUCGUUUAAAUGCCCAGACGACUUCGGGUUCUAUCCUCAUCACAUAUCUUGCGACAAAUACUGGAAAUGCGACAAUAACGUCGCGGAAUUGAAAACCUGCGGCAAUGGAUUAGCCUUCGACGCAAGCGACAGCAAGUUCCUCACUGAAAAUUGCGACUACCUGCACAACGUGGAUUGCGGCGAUAGAUCGCAGCUGGAACCACCAAUUAGCACGCCUCAUUGUCCCCGUCUUUAUGGUAUCUUCCCCGACGAGAAGAAAUGCGACGUAUUUUGGAAUUGCUGGAAUGGAGAGAUAUCAAGGUACCAGUGCAGCCCUGGACUCGCUUACGAUCGUGAAUCUAGAGUCUGUAUGUGGGCAGACCAAGUACCCGAAUGCAGGAAUGAAGAAGUCGCGAAUGGAUUCACGUGUCCAGCCGCGGGCGAAGUGAGCGGAGCAUCCGGCAGCUUCAGCAGACACGCCCAUCCCGAAGACUGCAGAAAGUAUUACAUAUGUCUCGAGGGCACCGCUAGGGAGUACGGAUGCCCCAUCGGUACCGUUUUCAAGAUCGGCGACGCCGACGGCAGUGGCGCCUGCGAAGACCCCGAAGAUGUUCCUGGAUGUGAGGAUUACUACGGUGACCUGGACCUAAAGACCAUCAGAAAGAGCGAACUGCUUACUGGACUUCAGCAUUCGAGCGACAACAGGAAGCCUAACCAGGGCAAACCGAGGCCCCCUUCGGCACCUGCGAGGCCCAACGCACCCUCUCAAGAAUAAUUUCUAAUCUAUCUCCUCCCUCUUGUCCCCCUUUCUAUUUUUCUUUCACACACACACACUCCUCCACCGUUCUCUCCCUUCCUCCUUCAUUUGCCCAUUCCUUCUCUCUCUAUUGAUAAUUCCUCCCACGUACACGCGAGCACGCGUUACACACACGUAAAUGCAUCUACUCAUCUCAAUUUUGAGCAAUCGAUCCUGAUAUUUGAUACCUCGGAAUAUGUAGCGCCGGGGGCCAAGAGUGGUGCUCAUUGUCAAUUUACGUUACCAUCAAGUCGUUGACAAGCCUUCAUCGACAUUUAUUUGACAGUGCGAACAUAUCAAGUAUCAAGUAGAAAUCAACGAAACUUCGUAUUGAAUAGUAAAAUUAAUGUCGAGAAAAUGAUUGUCAGUAAUUCUAAACAACCCGUUCGGUUACGUAUAUUCUUUAAUUGCCAUUCGAAUGAAUCGUUUGUAGAUGUAUGUAAAUGAUUCGAUGGCUGUUUCGUGUUCGAUGAUCUGACGCGAGUGGUUCUUUCAAGUCUUGUGAUUGAAUAGAAAGACUGUCAUGUUUCUUCAUCCACGAUGAAGUUCAUUAGCCGACGGUAGAGAUACGUAUAAUAUUAUUGUAUGUCCUGUUCGUUCGAUUUUAAUACUCUACCUGCUGCGCUUUGCAACACUUCGGGCACGUAAUUAUUUAAUACCAUGCUUAGUAACACAGGUAUGAUUAUUAAGAGACUGAUCACGCUUCAGCCGCGCGUUAAAAACCGAGUGAAAUCGACGAAUGUCGCCUAAUGGGUAGUCUCUUCCAUUUUAAUUUAUACUUGAUAUUUGCUUGAUGAUUACAAUUGAGACCCGUAAUUAAAACAUUGAAUGUUGAGCUCGUGAUAAGUCGUAUCGUCUCAGCGAUAUUCUAUCUUUCUCAUUCUGUCCUUCACUUCCUCUUCACACUUGCUCUUUACAUUCCCUUCGCUAUCGUAAGACGUGCGAUUUAAAACGAAAAUAGUGGGAAGCUCGAGUAUUACAGUAUCGUAUAGUAGAAUGCGUUCACUGAGUCCAAUUGUCAAGAUAAUCGAGGGAAAAGUUCAGUGAAAGUAUAUUUCUUUUUUCGAUUUCUUCAAUUCGAGCUUGUCCUCUCACACUCUUGGCCUCGGUUAAGCAUGCCUGUGUAAGCUAAACUCGUCCAUGUAUUUUUAAGUAAUGUGAAAGAUUCGUACAAUAAAAGGAACAAAAGCUCGUGAAAAAGAGA